AUUUUGACCCUGCUCUUGGGAUGAUGACUGGGAUCCCUCCAAUCAACCCCAUGAUGCCGGGCUUGGGGAUAGUCCCACCUCCCAUCCCGCCGGACAUGCCUGCUGUGAAGGAGAUCAUUCACUGCAAAAGCUGCACUCUCUUCCCACCCAACCCACAUCUUCCCCCUCCGGCAACGAGAGAGAGGCCCCCAGGGUGUAAGACGGUGUUUGUGGGAGGACUGCCGGAAAACGGAACCGAGCAGAUCAUUAUGGAGGUGUUUGAACAGUGUGGGGAAGUCAUAGCGAUUCGGAAGAGUAAGAAGAACUUCUGUCAUAUCCGCUUUGCUGAGGAGUUCAUGGUGGACAAGGCACUUUAUCUCUCUGGCUAUCGCAUCAGGCUGGGCUCCAGCACGGACAAGAAGGACACGGGGCGCCUGCACGUGGAUUUUGCUCAGGCUCGGGACGACCUGUACGAGUGGGAGUGCAAGCAGCGGAUGCUGGCGAGGGAGGAGCGCCAUCGCCGGCGGCUGGAGGAGGAGCGCUUCCGCCCGCCCUCCCCGCCGCCCGUCGUCCACUACUCUGACCACGAGUGCAGCGUCGUCGCUGAGAAGCUGAAAGAUGACACAAAGUUCUUGGAAGCCAUCCAGACCUUGCUGACCUGGAUAGAGCGUGGAGAAGUGAACAGGAGGACCGCCAACAACUUCUACUCCAUGAUCCAGUCGGCCAACAGCCACGUUCGCAGGCUAGUGAACGAGAAAGCGGCUCACGAGAAGGAGAUGGAAGAAGCUAAAGAGAAAUUCAAACUUGCUCUCUCAGGGAUUCUGGUUCAGUGUGAGUAG